AUGGCUGCUGCCGCUGCAGCUAGCAACGACACCACCACCAACCAGCCACAAACUGUCAUUGCGAAAGAAGUCGACGAAGUCAUGGAGAUCUUCCCAGUGCACACAGCAGCACCCGUCGAAGGGGAACUACCCGUUCCGUUGGUUGGGCACCGCAGUGUCAUAAAGGCGGACCUGGCAUACAGUGUCGUUGCGUCCCCGAUUCCAGCCGUCCCGAUCGUCAAGCGACUACAGUAGCGGGAAUGCGCGGCGUGUACUGCGCGAUGGCAGAAUGGGCCGACUUCCACUGCCUAAAGAAGAAGCGUGCUCCAUCGCGAUGGAUUCGCGUGCAUCUCACCAUGCAUUUUUGUUUCGUGCUUGGAUACGUCACAAAACUACCUCCCGUCAUGUGCUCGGCUCGGACGCGUACAACGCGAAGGAGCGCAUGUUGCCGCCAGAAGAAUCUGCCGGUCGCAAAAGAACACAAGUGGCGGCACCUUUCGUGCAAUGCCAGCAUGUUGCCGAUAACUUGCCAAAAGGACCAAACCGACCAUGUCCA